AUGGGAUUGGUCCAAAUGGCUCCUAAAUCAAAACCCGUGGCUCGAGGCCCCAGAAAAACCGCAGCAUUCUUGGUCCAAUGGAGCAACAUGAAGCUGGAUGACAUCACCGUCCCUGGAAUGAGCCGCAGAGCGAGCGGUGGAACCAGGAGCACUCAGGUCGAGAGCAGCCCACGGGUCCAUGAGUUCAUUCAGACUCAGAUCAGCAGCAGUUAUUCUUCUGUGGUUGGUCAGAUGUAA